AUGGUUGCCUUAUGGAAUGAUGAUGCUCGACUUGUACUUAUUGAAGAAAUUCAUAAACGACCCGAAAUGUGGGAUUCGAGACGGGAAAGAUAUGCAUCUACGGAACAGGAUGAUGUAAGAAACCAGUGGAAAAAUUUGAAAGAUACUUUUAAAAGGAAGAUGAAAAAAAGAAUGACCGAUAUAGAAGCUGGUGUGGAAGAUGCUGAACCAACUUGGAGAUUUUGGUCGAAGAUGUUGUUUAUAAAGCAUGACUGUCAUAAUGAGGCACCAACAACAACCAUAAACAAUAUGAACGUUGAGGCUGCUGCUUGUGCCAGCUUUGAAUCGUACAUGACCUCCCUUCACUCACUUGUCGAUAAACCAAUGCAAGAGGAUAGAACGAACGUUUUCCAUGAAAAUGGUGCAAACGGAUCAGAAGUCCGUAUGUCAACGACACAACCGAUGCAAAAUGGAUACCACUGUGAUGGUCGUGAUUUGCCUCCAAAUACCUCUCUUCAUUGUCCUGAAGAAGUUGAUAGCUUACCUUCACAGUCUCCUUUGCAUCAGCCUACAAAUUCGUCUCUCGUACGACUAAGACGAAAAGGUGUCAAAAGGAAAAAUUUCGAAAUUGACGGUGAAGCAGCAAAUUACAGCUCGCAGACAAAGCAUGACUUUGAGGACGAGUAUACUUUGUUCGGGAAGAGUGUUGCUUCUUCUCUCCGGCGACUUGCUGAGUGUGCUCCGAUCGAUUCGUUGAGGCUGAAAAAACAGAUUUCGGAUUUGAUGUUUGAAACAGAGUUGCAGCAGCUUUUGCGUCGGCAAAAAGUUGAAACACAAUGA